UAUAAUAAUUCGCCAAUCAGAUUUCUAUACUUAAUUGUUUCAUCUAUUUCGCUAGCUUCACCUAAUUUUAAGUUUGUCUCCAUUGGAGUAUCAUAUUGUAACUAUUGAAUUUAUAUGCUUAAGCUUUAAGCAAAAUAAAUGCAAUUUGGUUUGGCAGAAAAACAAGGAUAGAAUAUUUAUUAAUUAUAACUCAAGUGAAUAUAAUUAGGGAAACUAGAGACGACAACCAAGUAAGCGCAGUUACUCUUGCAAGGGCUGUCGUUCGACUGACUAUCCAGCGCAUGUCGCAGAAGCUGUCAGAUAUUCCGAAAUGUGGUAAGGAUUAUCCCUACCCCAGGCCCUUCGGACUUUAACAGCGUCGUCGUCGGGUCCGCCACCGCAUCGGCGGCGGGGAGAUAGGUUUAUAGCCCUCCGUAGGAUCCAAACCCUCGGCGCGCAAUAAAAGAGAAAACAAUAAAUGUGCGGCCGGAAAUUCGAAGUACAUCAUUUUUUAACACUCCCACUUACUUUUAAUUUCCAAUUACAUUAGAUAGGCUAUAGGCAUACCAAAACAUAGGCAUACUAAAACACCCCCUCUCCUCUCAAAGUGUUUUGGUACCCGAUGGAAGAGUGGGAAGGACUCUCCCUCUCUGCCGCAUACGAAAACACCCCCCACCGCCCUCUCCUCAUGUUUUCGUACCCGAAGAAAGAGAGGGAUGGUUCUCCCUCUCUCCAAAUAUGUUUGCAACGCCUAUAGCGUCUUUAGUUUUUCCGAUGUGGGGGUAAGAGUAGGAUUUUCCUCCCUCUAAUAUAUUUUAGCAUUUCUCUCUAUCCCUUCCCUGUCAAAUCAGGCCCCGUAGACGUGACACCGCCCACAAAUAAAAGCUAUUGGCUACUAAAUUUAAGCCAACCUUCACUGUUCCUUUCAAAAGGACCUCACAGAGAGAGAGAGAGAGAGAGAGAGAGAGAGAGAGAGAAAGAGAGAGAGAGAGAGAGAGAGUAGACUUUCUCACACGUAAGAGAAGGGAAAACUUUUGCGGUGAGGGAUGAAUGCGCGCAAUAAAUUUUGUUGUAGUAGCGAGCCUCACACGUUUUAGAAAAGUGUACACACAAGCCUUCCUGUUGCCAGCAAAAGAACCUCAGAGAGGGUAGACUUUCAGCGAAAACACUACAUAAAAUUUGUAUUUGAAAAGUGUACACUAGCCGAAGGUUUGAUUAUGAGUCUACCUUUUCUCGCUGCAGGUACAAAAAGAUGGGUCUUUCAUAAAAGAAAGGUCUUUCAGAAAUAUACCACUAAGAGGGUCAAGCGCACUAAAAUUUUUUGUAAAGCGUACACAAGCCGAAAAUUUCUCGCAGCAGGUACAAAAAGAUAAAAGAAGGGAUUUUCCAGCGAAAAUACUGCUGAGAGAGUUAUAUGCAUGCAAUAAAUUUUCCCCAUCACCAAGCCUCACGUUUUUCGGACAAGUGUGUGUAUACUCGCAGUGCUGAAGUGACCAAUGGAAUGGAAAAGUAUACGAUCCAUUGUGAUUUUGAAAAUUAGGGAGGAACAAAUUUCGCCAAUCAGAGGACUUUUUUUUGGAAAGUGGUGGAAAGAGGAAGAUCUUUCCAGGAGAGUUGUAGAACGAGGGAGGUUCCAAUUUUGGCUACAAAUAGCCUAGUGCGAGCCGUAAACCGUCAGUUCAGUCAUCGAGACCAUAGUCAGUCACCGAUUUUCAUACAAACUGAAAAAGCUAAAAAUGUCUUCUAAGAAGCCGAGUUCCAUGCAAUCUUCUCGAAGCCGAAGCCGAAGGGAUCUGCAAGCCGCCCAGGAGCGCAUAAGAUGGCUGGUCACCAACGCAUCAACGCUCCUGUCCAUGCUCGACUUCGUCUCCUGGGCAAUGGAGGUGGUAGAAAGACUGCCACCACUGCCAAAUGAUGCUUUGCGGCAAUUGUAUGACGGAAGGAGAUCUUCAACGGACGAGGAAUCACGUAGAUCGCCGAUGGUAGCUCAGCAGCCCCGACGAUCCCCGGCGGCGGUAGAGCAGCCCCGUCGAUCCCUAGUGGCGGCGGAGCAGCCCCGUCGACCCCCGGCGGUAGCUGAGGAGCCCCAUCGAUCCUCGCAGCGAUCCUCGACGGCUUCCCAGCCCCGUCGGAACCGCUCUAGAUCAAGCUCGAGCAGCUCCAGCAGUUCGAGCAGUUCGAGCGGAACGUCAUCGAGCUGCAUGUCAUGCAGGAGUAUCCAUGAUCUUGGGGCGAUUCCCAAGAGAAAGUUGAAUGAAGACAAUGGAGGGAAUGCCCAGAAAAAAAGGCAACUGGCGAGAUGUCUCCUAAACGAGGAACAUCAAGAAUGAACUCUGAAGCUGCGAGAUCUGAGCCAAGACGCGGCAAGUUGCAAUUAAAGAGGAGAAGCAGCACUCAACAACAACCGCAACAACAACCGCAACAACAACCGCAACAACAACAGCAACAACAACAGCAGCAGCCGCCUAAUCAACAGCAGCCGCCUAAUCAUCGUAAUCUACCAAGGAUUAUAGACGAUGAGGUAUUGAUAGAUCGUGUGAAAAUUGUAAAAAAAAAAUAAAAUGUAAAAAGUGAUUAAUUUUUGUAAUUUAAUGUAAAAAUGUAAUGUAAUUUUUUACUAUUUAAUGAUAAUAAAUAAAUGUACAAAAUGUAAUUUUUUACUAUUCAAUGAUAAUAAAUAAAUAAAUUAACAAAAUUAAGUGAAAAUAAAAACAAAGGUGAGUAGAUUUAUUGGAACGCCUUUCCCAUAUCAUCGGUCCCUACGGAAACUAUCACAACUCAGUUUUCCGACGAAGACUAGCACAACUUCAAUUUUUGCUCUUAUUUUUUUUAGUAUAGUCAUUUUUGUAGUAAAAAGGCAAAAAAUUCAAGUUGUGCUAGUCUUCGUUGGAAAUCUGAGUUGUACUACUUUUUCGUACCG